UGCCUUCUCAUACUCGUCACCUGAGACACUUCCGGGUUGGUGAUCUUCCGAUCACAUCUCGUGACAGAUUUUAUUUACCAGUAGCCAAACUGCUGCUGGAGUGAGAACGGCUACUUCAUGGGGCCAGAGUCCGAGCCCCAGCCCCAGGUGAAGCUAAACAUGCCUUUUCGGAGACAACUCUUUAGUUAAAGUUGCCGUGAAAGACAAACCAUGUGGAGAGUUCAAGGUUUUGUUGGAAGAGUUCUGCACCGAUGCCAUGGCAGCACCCCCCUGCGACUUCCCCAGAACCAGGGGCAGUCUCAGGGACUGGGGGAGGUUGAGGUCAUCAACAGCUCAGCUGUCCUCUCCAGCGCUCGACACGCCUCUGACAUCAGCUCUCAGAAAGAGGAGGAUGGAAGGAGGAGGAAGAAACAGAGGAGCUUUCAGUUUGGCUAUGCUGAGCUCCCACGUUACACAGCCCUGGAUGCUGUAGGAUGGGGUGCUGCAGCAGUUCUGUUCAUGCAGAUCUGCAGGAAGAUCCACUCCCAGUUCUCCUCAAGCACUGAGCCAAAUCCGAUCCCUGGAGCCCUGACAGCACCCUCCACUUUGCACAAGUGCGGCUACCGCAUCCUGCUGGAGAUCUUGUCUAGACGAGAUGUCCUGCCCAGAGGAAGCAGUGUGUUGUGUCUGCCGGGGGUGCCGGAGAAACACGACCAAGAUCAGUCUCUGUGCAGCAGUACAGGUGACGCCUUGAGCAGCAGUGAACAGGACCAUCUGACUGCUGACUGCUCCCUCUCUGACCAACAGAAGCCACUCCUGAACCAGGAUUCUCUUAUACCUGAGGAAUCACUUCUGUCAGCGUCCUGUCCUUUGCAGAAUGAUGCCAACCGAGACAACACCAAGACUAAAGAUGCCAAUGACAAGGACAUGUUGUCUGAUGAGGAGAGGCUGGCAGGAGCAGCAAUGAAUCUCAGACAUGUGGGCGAAACCAGCAUUCCUGUUAUCCUUAACAUCAUUGGUCUACAAAGUUCCAAGAGUGAGAAGCACGAGGAAGCUUUUACAUGUUUUGUUGCUGCAGCUCAGCAAGGUUACGGCAAGGCCCAGUUUAACACGGGUGUGUGCUACGAGAAAGGUAGAGGAGUCAGCAAGAACAAAGAGAAGGCUCUGUAUUACUACUGGCAGGCAGCAGUUGGGGGUCACAGACAGGCUCAGUACCGCUAUGCAAAGCUGCUCCUGACCAGCAGGGGGCACCAGAGUUUAGAGGAGCUGAAUACCGCCAUCAACUUACUGGAACAGGCCGCUGCAGCUGGACUCACCAAGGCUCAGGUCUGCCUGGCCUCGGUCUACACCCAGGAGCCGGUGAGAGACAGCAGCAGGUCUGUCCACUACCUGAAGAUGGCAGCAGAGAGCGGAGACGACACGGCCCUGCUAUUCCUGGGUCAGUGUUUUGAGAGCGGCUUUGGGGUGCAGCAGAAUCUGAGGACAGCGAUUGAAUAUUACAAACAAGCGGCUCAAGCUGGCAACAAGCAGGCUAAAAGCUUAGUGACGCCUCCAAGGGAUACAUACAGUAAGGCAGAAGAUGCCGUGUUACGUUCCAUCCGUUCAGCUCCAUGUUUCUCUGUAGCCGACCGUCAGCUCCAGAAGCAGCUUUCCUCUCUUGCCAGUCGUGUCUCUCUCUCCACCAGUCACCCCGUCACCCUUCCCCUCCUGCCUCACUCGUGGAGCACCGGGAGCCUGUGUGCCCCCCCGCCUUUGUCCUCCACGCCUCGUCACCUCCACCCCAGCACUGAGGGAGGAGCCUGCCAGUGGACUGUAGGGAUAGGAUAGUUUACUGAGCCUGCACAGGUCCAACUGAGGAAUGUAUUUCAUAGCAUGAAUGUGUUUUCACCAGAGGAGAAAGGUCAAAGUUUGUACAUAUUGUGAAGUCUGGAUUAAAGUGAAUAGAUUUUAUACUUGAUCAUAUACAUGAGUGUGUAGACAUUAUGGUGUUUAAGAUUUGUAUUUUUGUAAGUUUGAAAGAGUUGUUGCAUACAAGGUCUUAUAUGUAGAAUGACAUAUGGACGUUUUUUUAAUUAUUUGUUUCUAUAAAGAUCUCCUGUGAGGAAGAAAAUGUGGUCUAGGUGCCUUUGGGUGGGUUGAUGAUGUCAGGUGGAUACUUGUUUCUCUCCCUACUGAUGGGGCAUUUAUCAUGUUUAAAAAAGGUUUGUCAUAAUUGUGUCUGCACAACUGUAAUGCUGGAUUCAAGCCUCUGAAACUGUCAAAGUGCUUUAAAUUAGUGUCAUAGUAAGCCUCAAUAAAACCAUUACCAUCUUUGUAAAAUAACAACUUCAAAAUUAAUAAAGGGAAAAGCUUUGUGAUAGUCCAACCUGUUAACUUUUAACAUGCCAAAGUUAAUUGUGAUGCACUGUAAGGAGGAUGUUGUACUGUCAUGGACACAUGCUAAGCAAAACUAUUAAAAAAGAAGU